AUGGCGGUCGUUGUUGAUCCUUGUGAAAUACUCAACGUUUGCGCGAACGAAACUAACAACAAAACCUACGAGAAUUUGUUAAAGUAUAAAGAAUACUUCCAAGUGCAACCUGACAAGAAAAUUAAAUGGCUAGGAAAUUUUGACGAACUGAAAUGUUUGAUAUUUGAUUUGUUUGGUGCCGAUGGGAAAUGGAGUUCGCCGAGAGGCUCAGCAAAGGCAUUUCGAAACGAUAAAAUAACCAUUACAUAUUACACCAACAAGAAAUCUUUGUUAUUUCAAGGCCAAGAAGGUAACCGUUUGAAAGAGGUUAUAUUAAAUCAAUCAAGUAAGAGUUCUGACUUGUUUACGGACAGUAUAGUUAGUCAUGAAUCUAUCAUUUGUGCUUCAAACAAUGAUAACCUGUUAUAUGCAAGUCAAACCGUGGCCAAAACAGCUAAAAUAUCUAUGAUUAGCGACAAUACUAGAUCUAAAAGCGAGGUAACAGAAACAACAUCAGAUUGCUCAACCCUUGAAGAUCUACAAGACUUUAUCGACUUUUCAUAUCAAAAUAUAUUGCCGCUAAGUGAUAAUGCCAAUUUAUCUUCUACCCGAACCUUUGAUUGUUCUACCCCGUCUCGCCCGAGUGUUGAUGACAACUCGCCUGCUAUAGAGAAACUUUUUGGCACUUCCUAA